GUACUUUCUUGCUUGGGUUGUCUACAACUAGAUAAUUUGAACCGCCACUUGAUAGUAGCCGCUCCUUCGUCUACCUCCGUACCAGGAGCAUGGGAAAUCAAACCACCGCCUCAUGCGAGGUCGAUCUGCGCCGCAGUGCGGAAUUCCGCCCAGGGCACCAGAGAAACAACGCGCACUGCACGAUGCCAAUCAUUCCAAUUGAAAUCAUAUCCGACCCUAUCUGUCCCUGGUGCUAUAUCGGGUACCGCACCCUGCAGCGCACGAUCACCCUCUACCAAAAGACAUACCCGGGCGGAUCAAAGGAUACAUUCGAGAUAUCCUGGAGACCGUAUUUCAUUGACGAGGUUGAGCCUGAAGCAAGUGUCUUGAUUCAUGACCGGAUGGCCCGCCGCAUGACUGAGUCGCAAAUAAUCGCCGCGCAAACUCGCCUCGUCCGGACCGGGAAACCCCUCGGAAUCAACUUCUCCUUCGGCGGGUAUAUCGGGUCCUCGCGCCUCGCGCACCGAGUCCUUUUCCUCGCUACACAGAUCGGAGGAGGCGAACUGCAGUGCCGCGUCGCAGAGGCUUUGUUCAAAUACCAGUUCGAACUGGAGAGGGAUAUUAGCGAUCCUAGUGUUGUUGUCAAAGUGGCUGUUGAGGGGGGGAUCGACGAGGGUGGCAUUAGGGCUUUCCUAGCGGGGAGCGGGGGUGUCGAGGAGGUUGAAUACGAGGCGAAGGCGGCUAGGGAAAGACUCAAGUUGCAAGGGGUCAAUGGGGUGCCAUGUUUUGUUAUUGGCGGGGAGGUCAGGUUUGAGGGAGCGGGGGAUUGGGAGGAGUUCUUUGAGGCGUUUGUUGCUGCAAGGGAGGCUGCUACUAGUUCAUCGUGAGCUAGGUGGAGAUGGUCCUGUGGAUGAAACUUUCGUGCUGUCUCCUAGUUUGUGUAUCAGCAAUUAGCCUCUUCCAUUGCCUCACCGUGGAAGCACUUACUAGCUUUGGAGGAAAGCAUCAGCCCCGAGAGCAUGAACUUGCCAAAUGAUGGAGACGGGCCGAUCCGACUUGGAUCGCCCCACUGCCACGUCCGCUGGGCAAGGGCAGGUUAGGUAAUAGCAGAACUAAAUAAUGCCUGAGCGGAUAUGCACGCCCAACGCCCCAACCAAUAGUAGGAAAUACUGCUGUAUCCUCAUGCACGAAUUUUCAUCCAAGCGCAGUUGACGAGCGCCCAGUAGCUCCCACGACGGCUUAUCUAAGUUCAAAACUUAAGUCACCCCGCCACUGCUCUGCCAGCCAUUUUUUUGAGUCGAGUGCUCUUUCCUUUCGUGCCAAGGGCCUUCUUCUUGACGCACCGGGCCUUCGAAAUCGAGAUAACACGCCAAGUCAAUAAAGCGAGAUGGGCUCUCGAUCCUCGCGCGAGACAACUUCCUCCAGCGGAAGCGGGCAGACCCGCACGCGCACGCUGAGCACAUCGUCCAGCGCAAAAAGCC